GACCCUGUAACCAACGCAUCCGCCAGCAAGCCACAACAGCUCAACGGCAUCUCCAGCCCCCUCCACGACCCUCAAUUCCUCGCCCAAUCCCCAUAUCACCAACCAUGGCAGCAACCGACGGCCCGCUCUUCAGCACCGACCUCAUCUCCCCUGAAGUGCUCAAAGCACUCCCAGAAGGUUACGGAUGCAGACCACUUGAGAAGAAGGAUUACGCCAAUGGCUUCCUUGAUGUACUUAGAGUACUCACAACAGUCGGCGACAUCACGGAAGAACAAUGGAACAAACGCUACGACUGGAUGUCCGCCCGCAACGACGAAUACUUCCUCCUCUGCAUAACCGACUCCUCCAACGCCAUCGUCGGCACCGGCGCCCUCAUCGUCGAGCGCAAGUUCAUCCACCAACUUGGUCUCGUCGGCCACAUUGAGGACAUUGCCGUGGCCAAGGACCAGCAGGGCAAGAAGUUGGGGUUGAGGAUUAUCCAGGCGCUCGACUUUGUGGCGGAGAAGGUGGGCUGUUAUAAGACGAUUUUGGAUUGCUCCGAGGCGAAUGAGGGGUUUUAUGUAAAGUGUGGGUUCAAGAGGGCUGGGUUGGAGAUGGCGCAUUAUUAUGGGCGGUGAGCGGGGAUUUUGGGGGGGUGAGGUAGGUAUAUGGGGUAUGACGGCAUUUGAGGCGUUUGGUUAUAUGGAGGUUCAUGAGCUAGAUCUCAUGUUAGGGUGUGGGAUAUAGAAAUGACUCAUGAGGAGGGAUCUGGAAUCUGGAAAAUGCACAUGAUUGUAUUGCCCAUUGACACCGCAGGUCCUCGAUGAGUAGCAUUCUGAUAUAUAUACGUGACUAGUGGUUGAAA